AUCUAGAGAAACAAAUCUAAAGUUUUCCCUUCACUUUCCGUCUUCUUCAACUCAAUGUUCAUGCACGCUCUCCAAAACUAACACUUCGCCAGCAAUCUCCAGUCUUUCCUCUGUGUUGUUGUUCUAGAGAGAGAGGAGAGGAGAGAGAUUGAGAUCCUCUCUCGACUGCUUCCGUCGAAUUAUUUUCAGACGGAUCCGCGUUAGAUUGGGUGGAGUUGUGGAUGGAAGGAGCUAAAUCAUUUUCUCUACAAGUUGAGUAUCUGAUUUGAAGGGAAAGGCGUCGAGCCGGAAGAGCUGGAGUCGGUGCAGGACGGUCAGCCAUUGAAGUCUGGUGGGGGCAACGGCCAGAUUCGGUUUCGGUCGCCGUCUGCGGCGGAGCUUUUGGAUGCGCAGCAGCAAGGUCAGAUGGAGAAGGUUUUGAAGAGAAACAGGCAGCACGAGACCUUUUCGGACAGGUUCCAGAGAUGGCGUGGUGCGAUGCUAUUGGUUUUCGUCCCUCUCCUGCUGAUUACGUUUGUGCUAUUUCUCAUGCCCUCGAGGUCGGCUCCUGAUUCUAUCUCUCGAAAGUUUGCCCCCGAGUUCAUGUCUAAGAAAUACGCGGUUAUCUUUGAUGCUGGGAGUUCUGGCAGUCGGGUGCACGUCUUCUGCUUUAACAAGCAGCUAGAUCUUGUUCCCAUGGGAGACGAACUUGAGCUUUUUGUACAGUUGUCACCGGGUCUGAGUGCAUAUGCAAAGGACUCUGAGGCUGCUGCAAAAUCACUAUCAGAACUACUUGAAAAGGCUGAAGCAGCAGUUCCUGAAGAGCUGAGGUCCAUCACACCAGUUAAAGUUGGGGCUACUGCUGGGCUAAGGCAAUUGGAAGGUGAUGCAUCUGACAAGAUUUUACAAGCAGUGAGGGAUUAUUUGAGGAAAAAAAGCUCAUUUAAAUCAAAGGAUGACUGGGUCACAGUUUUGGAUGGCAAUCAGGAAGGUGCUUACCAAUGGGUGACUAUUAACUAUUUAUUGGGAAAUCUGGGAAAAGAGUACUCCGGUACUGUUGGAGUGGUUGAUCUCGGGGGUGGUUCUGUUCAAAUGGCAUAUGCCAUCUCGGAGUCAGAUGCUGCUAAAGCUCCUAAAGUAUCUGGUGGAGAGGAGUCAUACGUGCAGGAAAUGUAUCUCAAGGGAAGAAAAUAUUAUCUUUAUAUUCACAGUUACCUACAUUAUGGGUUAUUGGCUGCUCGAGCUGAGAUUUUGAAAACUAGUCAAGAAUCUGAGAAUCCAUGUCUACUUGCGGGCUAUGAUGGUUCUUACAAAUAUGGGCCAACAGAGUACAAGGCUACUGCUUUACCCUCUGGCUCCAGCCACAGCAAAUGUAGGGAGGCAGCUAUUAAGGCUCUAAAAGUCAAUGAAUCUUGUACACAUAUGAAAUGUACGUUUGGGGGUGUCUGGAAUGGCGGGGGAGGCGAUGGCCUGAAGAACUUAUUCGUUGCUUCAUUUUUCUUCGACAGAGCUGCUGAGGCUGGUUUUAUCAACCCAAAUCUGGCUGUUGCAACAGUUCGUCCGUCUGAUUUCGAGGAAGCAGCUAAACAAGCGUGUCAAACUCGUCUUGAAGAUGCCAAGGCUUCGUAUCCUCGUGUGAAGCCAGAACACCUUCCAUUCAUGUGCAUGGACCUUGUUUAUCAGGUUACUCUGCUUGUUGAUGGAUUAGGCAUUGAUCCAUGGCAAACGAUUACAUUGGUGAAAAAAGUUAAAUAUCAGAAUUCACUGGUCGAAGCAGCGUGGCCGCUGGGCAGCGCCAUCGAGGCUGUUUCAUCGCCCGCCUAACUACUUCGCCUCCCGGUUAGCACAUUCUAUUGAUCUGAGUGCAUAUUCUGCAACUGGUUUGCGA